GGGGUUUACAUGUAUAACUGAGAAAAAAGGUCCUUGGAUGGUUGACUAUUAGUUUAAUAGGUACUAGAACGAUUUAAUAUGGACAUUCAAAGUAAGCUUAUUUCACAAAGCCAAAUAGUGAUACCUAAUUUAGAUUCUCAUAAUCAUAUUCCAGAAAAACACUGCAAGUUUCCCAUAUUUUCCAUGCGUUUUCAUAGUAAACGCGCCAGUAAAGGAAUUUAUUUACAUAUUUAUUUAUUCACAAACACUAAUUUUUAUUAGUAAUUACAUGCAAAGGAAACUUACAACUAAGUAGAUAUUUGAUUUACAAAAAAAAAGCAAUACAAAUGCUUGACUAGGAAAUACUAACUAGCAAUACACACAAAUAAAAGAGCGAUGUCCUGAUACAACAAAUCCAGUAUUAUAAAACCACUAAAACCAGAAAAUGCUUGGGGUUUUCGCGAGUAUUUUCAGCCACGAGUCUUUUAUGCUUACACAUUGAAUGAAACUUUAAAUUUACACUUAUAACACUAGCAAAACACUAGAUAAAUCCGAAUUUACGAUAAAAUAAUUGUCAGCACAAACUGAACAUCAUUUGUAUCAGCGGCCAUCUUGAAAAUCCGGCAUGCACGUGACGUCACAGCAAUUGUGAACAAAUUUAGCCGAUUGAGCAAUCAUUCUUGGGUAUCCAUCACGUCACUUUGUAACCGGGUUAGAAAACGGUAUGUCGUUUCUCUAACCGUUUUGUAACCCGGUUGGUUAGUUAAACCGGAGCCACGUGAAAAGAACUUUAUGCCUUGGUAUCCUAUUUCAUUUUUAUUUUCAAUAAAAUAGGUAUAGAUUUGUUAUUACCUAUUGCUACGUUACCUAAUUUACUUUUGAUAACAUUGGGAAUACGUAUUUACUUAUCUAUAAACAAAUACGUACUUAUACAUAUAGACGUGUUUCAAAUAUUUACUCAAUAAUCGUAAUCUCGAAAAAAAUAUUAGCCUAAUUAUUAUUCAAAUAAACACUCCUAUCACGUGACAUUUAAUCGCUGACAUGGACCAAUCAGCGAACGCCAAAACAGAAAUGUUGAUAGUCAACUGUCAAAAAAAUUUAGUCAGUCCAGAGAAAUACAUCUAUGAGAAAUGAAAUGAGGUGAAGUGCUGUUGAAAGUUCACAAAAAUUCGCGAUAAAAGUGCCAGUAGUUGAAAUUAUAAUUAAUUUGCUCGUAAUUACAGUUCAGUACAUACGUAAAAAUGGACUCGUUGCCAGUUACAUUAAUAGUUAAAGCUCCAAAUCAACAAAUUGAAGAUCAGAAGAUUAGGUGUGAAACAUCUUGGUCUAUAAAUAGAUUGAAACAGCACUUAUCUGAAGUGUAUCCUAGCAAACCACCACACCAUGAACAAAAACUGAUAUAUUCCGGCCAGUUAUUGAACGACUCUGUAAUACUAAAAGACGUGUUGAGGCAAUACGAAGGUCAGGAUACACACACUGUGCACCUAGUUUGUACGCCAUUACAUACAAGGAUGAAUACAAGACCUAGACAGACCACAGCUGAUAGUAGAAGUCCUGGAAAUAGCAACACAAAUUCGCCAAGUUCUAGCAGUAGUGCCAGUAGGAGAGAUGCAACACAACCUCAACAUCAGGAGGUACCCCAAAACAGAGUCGAGCCAGACAAUCAUAGAGUUCCUACAAAUUUUCCAAAUGCCAGAUUUCCAGAUAAUAGUUUUCCUUGGACAAAUUACAACGGUCAGAUGCCCCAAAUGGAUACCAACGCUUUGAAUCAGUAUCAGUUGCAAAUGGCUUGGAUGCAGCAAGCUUAUAUGCAGUACAUGACGCAAUAUAUGCAAUUUGCUUCUGGUCAAACGCUAGCUACUCCAACUCAAAACCCUCACCUAAUUGCUAAUGCAGCUCCACCAAACGCCCAACCAAAUGAACCACCCCAAGCCGCCCCCCAACCAAACGCAGUGCCCCAAAACCUACAGGAAAAUGAAGAAAGAGACUGGCUCGAUGUAUUUUACAUGCUCAGCAGAGCAAUGGUACUAUUCAGUGUGGUAUACUUUUAUUCCAGUCCCAUACGAUUUGUUUUUGUCUUACUUUUGGGAAUCGCUCUGUAUUUAUAUCAAGCAGGGUUUUUCAGGAAUAUAAAUAUCAAUAAUAAUAACAUGAAUGGUACUCCAGAAGGUGAUCCACAAGAGGAGCAAGCUCCCACCAGGUUUACGGUAGCUUGGACCUUUAUUACGACAUUUUUUGCGUCCUUGAUACCGGAAAUACCAAAUAUAAAUGCGUGAGAUCAGGCGGAAUUGUGAAAAUUAUUUAUUGCAUUUAAAUGUGGACUUUUUUCUAUGAAGAAUGUUAAAAAAUAGUACCUGAUGUAAAAACUACAGGAAUAGGUAUUUCUAUUAGGUCUUUUAAAGGUCUUGAACUAAUCAAAAAUUUGAUUUAAUUGGUUUUUUUUCUAUGGGUGGGUAAUCGAACUUCUAUGUUAUUUAUUUAUGUUUUACUAUUGUGAUCUAUUUGAAAUAAAAAUAAAAGAUAUAACCUACUGGUAAUUUGAUUGUUAUCUUGACUAGGAAUGUCGAAUGUAUGUAUUUGGAUUGACCUGCUGAAAACUGAAAGGACCACGCACGGAUCUUAUGAGAAAAAAUAAAUUUCAGGAUUGUCAUGAAAUUGAAAUAUGUUAUGCUUCUCGACCUGAACGUAAGUUCUCGUAGGCCCAAAAAGAUCCUAUGAUUAGUUUCGGUGAUACAGGGCCGGGUUAACAUAAAAAUUUUGACAAAAAAUAGACAUUUCAAAAUAUGUUGAGUUUAGGCAAUGAGAUAUUCUAGGUUAAAAACAGGUAAAAAAAGUCGAGAUAAUGUCAUCCGAAGCUUUUUAGGUUGAAAAUUUGUUGAAAAAUGCCAAAAAUAUGUCAUUUUUGGUUAUGAAUUAAAUUAAUGACCAGGAGAUUCUGGAGAUUUUUCUUAUAUUAUUUUUUUUUAUCGGUUCUGUAGCUCCGAAACUAAUCAUAGGAUUUUUUUGGGCCUACGAGAACUUACGUUCAGGAGGUCGAGAAGCAUAACAUAUUUCAAUUUCAUAACAAUCGUGAAAUUUAUUUUUUCUCAUAAGAUCCGUGCGUGGUCCUUUGAAUCCAUUGUUGGAAAAAGUAAAAUUAAUGCUCACUAUACUCAAUAACACUAGUUUCAUGUUUCACUACGCUGUAGCUUCAUCAGAGUAUCAUCUUCCUUUCUGGCCUAUAAAUAUUACAUAUACGUAUUCGGAUGGCCAUUAUAAACUCCUGAUUUCCAAUUUUUCACAUUGUAUCUGAUUUGCUUUUAUUGUUCUGUUUCUUCUUAAGAUGUUUAGUUUACUAAGCUGAAUUUGAAGUUUUGAAAGCAAUAUUGGUAAAUUUUUCUAGUUUAUUUAAGUAAGAACUAAGUUUUACUUGCUAAAUAUUUUUAACUUUUAAAACAUUUUUCUGAAUUGUUUAAAUUAUGUAGGUGCUAGUAGUUAAUUUACGUAUACAUAUACAGUAAUCAAACCAUAGUCUGAUGAAGCUACAGUGCAACCAAACAUGUUACUUAUAUUAAAUGUAGUGAAUAUCUAUACAAAUUAUUUUGCAGUUUUCAUCCAUGUAUGUUAAUCACUGACUGAAAAUUUCUUUCUAAUUAACACCAAUGUAUUAUCUAAUAAUUUCAGUCUGUUUAUUGUACAUUAUUAUACAUAAAACUACAAUUGAUUUAAAUAAUUUUAUUAUUGCUAGUAGAGAUCUGUUUAUAAAAGAAAAUAAUAAUAAUGAAGCUUUUACUGUAAGCAGUUACCUGUAUAUACUUAUUGUAUUUGUAUUAUUAGCUUUAAAUGAUGAAAUGUGAUUUAGAUACAUUAUUAAUAUUAAUAAAAGUAAUCUCUGUAUAUUCUGGAAAUUAAAAGGUAUUUCUAUUUAUUAUUUG